AUGGCGGGCGGGGACGUCGGCGUGGACCUCGCAGCUGUCGUCGACGUGCUGCUGGACGUGGCCCACAGCCUCAGCUACCUCCACCGCAUCGGCCUGCUGCACGGGGACGUGAAGCUCGACAAUGUGCUGCUCAAAACAGAGCCCGCGCGGCCCCUCGGCGUCGCGCCAAAGCUGGCGGACUUUGGCCUGACCAAGAUCAUCCGCGGCGACGACCAGGUGGUCAACCACAGCGGCGCCGGCACCGUCACGCACCUCGCGCCGGAGAUGUUCCAGGCCGGCACGCGCGUCACCACCGCCGUCGACGUCUACGCGUUUGGCGUCGCGAUGUGGGAGUUUUACACGGGGCGGCGCGCAUUCCAAGGGAAGGGCCGAGAGGCGGUCAUUGAGGCGGUCUACAUGCGCGACGCGCGGCCCCGCUUCCCGUCGGGCGCGCCGCGCGCGUACGCCGAGCUGGCGGCGUCGUGCUGGGCCCCCGGCGCGGCAGAGCGGCCGGCGUUCCCGGAGAUCGUGGCGCGGCUGCAGAGGCUGUCGUUCGAUCUGCGGGGCGAGGCAGCGGCGGCCGCGACGGCGGCGAUGCUGCCGGCUGUGCAGCAGCAGCAGCAGCAGCAGCAACAGCAGCAGCAGCAGCAACAGCAGCAGCAGCAGCAGCUUGCAUGGCAGCAGGGGCUGCAGCCUCAGCCCCACCCGCACCCGCAGGCAGCCCUGUGGCGGGACGGGCAGGUGCAGUCGCUGCAUCAAGGCGCCGAGCAGCAGCAGCAGCAGCAGCAGCAGCAGCAGCAGCAGCAGCAGGUGGGGGCGGAGGAGCCCUGGCAGAUCUUGCGGCAGCUGCAGCAGCAGUAG